CACACAGUGAAGGUCGUAAGGAGAGGCAAGAACCUGCAGCUGUCGGUAGACAACGUCACCGUGGAGGGCCAGAUGACCGGCGCCCACACCCGACUGGAGUUCCACAACAUUGAGACAGGCAUCAUGACUGAACGCAGAUUCAUCUCCGUGGUGCCCUCCAACUUCAUCGGGCAUCUGCAGGGCCUUACCUUCAACGGGGUUCCUUACCUCGACCAGUGCAAGAACGGCGACAUCUCCUACUGCGAGCUCAACGCUCGCUUCGGCAUGCGCCACAUCAUCGCCGACCCGGUGACGUUUCGAACGAAAGGCAGCUACCUAGCGCUAGCCACUUUGCAGGCCUACGCCUCCAUGCAUCUCUUCUUUCAGUUCAAGACCACCACGUCUGACGGACUGCUGCUCUUUAACUCGGGGGACGGCAGCGAUUUCAUCGUCGUGGAGCUGGUCAAAGGGUACGUCCACUAUGUAUUUGACCUUGGCAAUGGCCCUUCUCUCAUGAAGGGCAACUCUGACAAGCCACUCAACGACAAUCAAUGGCACAACGUGGUGGUCUCUCGGGAUGCCAACAACGUGCACACGCUCAAGAUCGACUCACGCACCGUCACUCAGCACUCCAAUGGAGCCCGCAACCUGGACCUCAAAGGGGAGCUCUACAUCGGUGGCGUGACAAAGACCAUGUACGGCGGCUUGCCCAAACUGAUAGCGUCUAAGGACGGCUACCAGGGCUGCCUGGCAUCCGUGGACCUCAACGGGAGACUGCCCGACCUGAUCGCAGACGCUCUCCACAGGGUGGGCCAGGUGGAACGAGGCUGCGAUGGACCCAGCACCACCUGUACGGAGGAGUCGUGUUACAAUCAGGGCGUGUGUCUCCAGCAGUGGGAGGGCUUCACCUGUGACUGCACCAUGACGUCCUAUGGAGGCUCUUUCUGUAGCGACCCUGGGACGACCUAUAUCUUCGGGCGGGGAGGAGCCCUCAUCACCUACACCUGGCCGCCCAACGACCGCCCCAGCACGCGGGCAGAUCGGCUGGCGGUGGGCUUCAGCACGCAGCUGAAAGAGGCCGUGCUGGUGAGGGUGGAGAGCGCCAAGGGACUGGGAGACUACCUGGAGCUGCACAUAGAACGGGGAAAGAUCGGCGUGAUCUUCAACGUGGGAACGGACGACAUUGCCAUCGAGGAGAGCGCGGUGACGGUGAGCGACGGCAAGUACCACGUGGUGCGCUUCACGCGCAGCGGGGGUAACGCCACGCUACAGGUGGACAACCAGCCCGUCAUCGAACGCUUCCCUUCAGGUCGACAGUUGACCAUCUUCAACAGCCAGGCGUUCAUCAAAAUCGGCGGCGACAAGGGCCGCCAUUUCCAGGGCCAGAUCUCGGGCCUCUACUACAACGGCCUGCAGGUGCUCAAACUGGCGGCCGAGGGCGACGCCAACGUGCAGGCCCAGGGCAACCUGCGGCUGGUCGGCGACGUGCCCUCCGUGCUGACCACCGACACCACCUCCACCACCCCGCUGGCGGACAUGUCCACCACCAUCAUGGAAACCACCACCACCAUGGCAACCACCACCACACGCAAGCAGCGCUCCCCCACCAUGCGGGACAGUGUCACACAGAACACGGAUGACCUGUUGGUUGCAUCAGCAGAGUGUCCUAGUGAUGAUGAGGACUUGGAGGAGUGUGAGCCAGGAAAUGGAGGUGAAAUAGUGUUGCCUAUAAUUACCAUGGACUCGCUAGACCCCCCGUCCAUCGCCACCCGCUACCCAGUAAUCCCCCCGCCCCCCACCUACCACCCCUUCCUCACCCUCCUCGAAACCACCAAAGAGUCCCUCCCCCUCCCAAACGGCCGGCCCCCCUGCCCCCUGGACCAGGAGGACUGCGAGGAGGCCAUCGAGGUGUCCGCCUACGGCUCGGGCGAGAUGACCGAGUCGGACGACGAGGACUAUUACAAAAAUUCCCCCCUCGUCACCGAUAGGACAGUCCUCCCCCCGCCCCCCGCCGCCGAGGGCGGCGUCCAGAACCCCCGCGACCGCCACUUCUCCCACCGUCCCCCCAACUCCCACCGCCCGCCCCUCUCCUCCACACCCACGGCCAACCCAGACCAGCUCGGCCCCCGCCUCGAGCCAAGCGGCGGGGGGAGCGUGGCUGGGGGAAGCCCCAACAACAUCCCCGCCGGGAAAAUGAACACCCGGGACCAGGUUCUGCUGCCGCCUGCCCACCCCUCCUCCUCUGACCCCGACAACCGCCAUCGCCACAUCCCAGGUAUAACCUACCCCCCCAAUUUCCCCCAUGUUCCCACCCCAGACCCCACAUCUCCAGAGAGAGGCCUCCCGGGAGCCGUGGAGGUGCAGCAGUCCAGCAGCACCACAGGCAUGGUGGUGGGCAUCGUGGCCGCGGCCGCCCUCUGCAUCCUCAUCCUGCUCUACGCCAUGUACAAGUACCGCAACCGCGACGAGGGCUCCUACCAGGUGGACCAGAGCCGCAACUACAUCAGCAACUCGGCCACGCAGAGCAACGGAGCCCUGGUGAAGGAGAAACAGCCCAGCACUGCCAAGACUGUCACCAAGAACAAGAAGAACAAAGACAAGGAGUACUACGUCUGACACGCUCGGGCUGAGACACGGACAGAGGCAGAGAGAGAGGAGGAGUGCAGAGAGAGAGAGAGAGAGAGACAGAGAGAGAGAGAGAGGGGGAAAGAAAGAGAGAGAGGGAGUAGGUAUGGCAGUAUGAUUAUGGGCAGUGUUUUUUGAUUAAGUUUAACGUGAUAACAUGUAACCAAAACACUUAGUCCCUUCUAAAUCUCUUUGUAGCAUAAAAGCAGAAGUAAUAGAAAAAAAGAUUGGCCAUGUAGUAAUAUUUUUUCCUCGGUGCAUACAUUCAAAUAAAACUAUACCUGAUUUACAUAUUUUUUGCCUGAUGUUAUGGCCACAAAGCUCGCUCAUAAAAUAUUAUUCCGUGCCAACAGUCAUACCGAAUGCUGUUAAUUCAUAGGCAAAGAAAUACUGUAAUAAAAACACCAACAGUAUUUGAGCAAAAAGGCCUUGUACAUCAUGUUGAUUUGAUGUUUUGGUUUUAGUUUUUUGUUAUUUAAGGUUGUAAAAUAGAUGACCUGCAAUAUAACAUCUGAAUACUGCCAACGUACAGAAACGGUGUCACACUCCCUCUCCAAGUAUUCAGCUUUCCCUCACUUGUCUUUCGUCAACUCUCCUCUACUCCCUCUCUGUCACUCGUGCGCUCGGUUUCUCUCCUUGUCUACGGUGCUCAGCAGGUGACGAAACAUUCUUCUGCUGUGUUUCAAGCAUGUAGUAUUCAUUUACGAAAAAGAGAUAAAAAACGUUUUUUUUCUGUGGAGUUAAAAAACAAAAAAAUGAUAACGUUAAACUAGCAACCACGUGAGAACCACUCCGAAACAACGGAUGCUACCGUAAGUUUAGCCGCCAAACUUCUGAGGCCAUACCCCUGGUCGUCCUUCGUUCCAGCAGAUAUCUGUCGUGUGUUUCCGGGGGCCUCCACAGCGCCCUCUAAUGAGCCCAUCCAGGAACUUGGGUCCCAUCUUUCAGUACUAAUCACAGAGAAACAGAAAAAACCUCCAGCAGCAAAAUGACUCUGUGCUAUAUAAAUAUAAAUAUAUGUAUAGACGUUUCAGAAAAAUCUAUGGACUAAAAUAGAGAGCGUGCGAAAGAUGAGAAUUCACACCACGGUGUGAGUCCCUCUGAGGACUGGCUGACAGACAUAAAGAAGAUGGACGCUAGACUUGAGAAAGAUUCCCCACCCCCACACCUCUCUUCAUACACACUCUGGGUGAGCUUCAAAGUCACUGGAAAAGGCAGCCGUGCAGGUGGAAGUGAAGGUGAGGACACUUAAAGGGACAGAGUGCUAUUUUGUUUGCUGUUUGAGUUUUUGCUUCUUUCUUUUUGGUUUUGUUUGUGAGACAAGAAAAUGAGAGACAUUUUAUGGAAUUAGUGAGUUCGUUUUUGCUGGAGUCCCACUGUCCCACGUCUGUUGUGGCGUGAACGUAUGCUAUCUUGCAUCUAAAAUGGCCUCGCAUUGGCCAGGACUAAUGGCUGCCAAUAAGCAAACAAACCAGUGAGAAACUUUCAGUGAAAACACAAAUACACCUAUAACAAGGUGGACACCUGUUCCCUUGAUGAUGUACAACAGAACUCUAGUAUUCCAAUUUUCUCAACUCUAUUAAAAAAGAAAACUGUACCAUGAAAAGAAAAGAAAAACCUUGAAAAAAAAGUUUGUGAAAUGUCUAAAUAUUUGAAUCUUUCAUCCCAUUACUAAGACAAAUGUUUUUCCCUAUUAUCAUCCCUGUUUGGAGAAAAAAAUGACAACAAUA